AUGCACGAUGCAAAUCCGGGAAGCAGCAAGACCGUGAAAGUGCAUGUGUGUUGCUGCCAUGGCGACCGCGGCUCCUCUCUUUACGUUAUUCUCCUGCUGCUUCGACUGGCGGAUGGCUUAUUCCCAGAGGAACCCGGUCCACUCAGCUAUGUCCCCGUGGAGGUUGUGCGGAGGUAUCCGGUGUUCUUGGGCAGAGCUCAUCGUUCAGCUCAGAGACAGGAGCUGCACAUUCAGACGGUCCUCCAAGUCAACCGCACGCUCUACAUAGGAGCCAGAGAUGACCUGUACAGAGUAGAGCUGGAUAACAUGGCAGGGGAUGAGAUGUUCUACAGCAAGAAACGGACGUGGGAAUCCAAUAAAAACGACAUCCGAGUGUGCCGGAUGAAGGGCAAGCACGAGGUACACUCUGACUUUGAGAUCCACUCUUACAUGCAUCAGCACCAUCCAUCUACUAUCACAUGCAUGGGCAGACAUAACAGCUGGCAUCAGACAGUGUUUGAUGAAGUAUCACAAAGGGACCAGUGUCGUCUUGUUUCAGAUUCAGUGGUAGCAACUUUCAACCACAGCUCCAUCAGCAGCCGCCACUUUGACGACAGAUAUAAACUCCCCGUGCUAUUCUCCCUCCAGAUGGGGAGAGUGCCGUAUUUCAUCAAGGUUUUGCUCAGCCAGCAUGGCGGCUGUUUGUCUGUGGACCAACGCCUUCACCCGCUGUGUGCCAACUACACU